CACCCUCUUACCUCCCCCGGGAGCGUCAGCUCCUCCCGAGACUCCAGUGUGCCUGGCUCUCCCUCCAGCAUCGUGGCCAAAAUGGACAACCAGGUGCUGGGCUACAAGGACCUGGCUGCCAUCCCCAAGGACAAGGCCAUCCUGGACAUCGAGCGGCCGGACCUCAUGAUCUACGAGCCCCACUUUACCUACUCCCUCCUGGACCACGUGGAGCUGCCCAGAAGCCGGGAGCGCUCUCUGUCACCCAAGUCCACGUCCCCCCCACCAUCCCCGGAGGUGUGGGCAGAGAGCCGGACCCCGGGGAUCCUCUCCCAGGCCUCAGCCCCGAGAGUCACCGGGACCCCCCGCACCAGCCUGCCACACUUCCACCACCCUGAGACCACCCGGCCAGAUUCCAACAUCUACAAGAAGCCGCCCAUCUACAAGCAGAGAGAGUCCACGACGGGCAGCCCUCAGAGCAAGCACCAGAUCGAGGACCUCAUCAUCGAGUCGUCCAAGUUCCCUGCAGCUCAGCCUCCGGACCCUAACCAGCCAGCCAAGAUCGAGACUGACUACUGGCCGUGUCCCCCAUCGCUGGCCGUUGUGGAGACCGAGUGGAGGAAGCGGAAGGCAUCACGCAAGGGGGCAGAGGAAGAGGAGGAGGAGGAGGAUGACGACUCUGGAGAAGAGAUGAAGGCGCUCAGGGAGCGGCAGAAAGAGGAGCUCAGCAAGGUUACUUCCAACUUGGGAAAGAUGAUCUUGAAAGAAGAGAUGGAGAAGUCAUUGCCGAUCCGGAGGAAAACCCGCUCCCUGCCUGACCGGACGCCCUUCCAUGCCUCCCUGCACCCGGGAACAUCUAAGUCUUCUUCUCUCCCUUCCUACGGCAGGACCACUCUGAGCCGGCUACAGUCCACAGACUUCAGCCCAUCCGAGAGGGAGACCGGGAGUCCAGGCCUCCAGAACGGAGAGGGCCAGAGGGGGAGGAUGGACCGGGGGAACUCCCUGCCCUGUGUGCUGGAGCAGAAGAUCUAUCCCUACGAAAUGCUGAUGGUGACCAACAAGGGCAGAACCAAGCUGCCCCCGGGAGUGGACCGGAUGAGGCUUGAGAGGCAUCUGUCCGCGGAGGACUUCUCCAGGGUCUUUGCCAUGUCUCCUGAAGAGUUCAGCAAGCUGGCCCUGUGGAGGCGGAACGAGCUCAAGAAGAAGGCGUCCCUCUUCUGACUGCUCCGCCUUCUCUGUGACACCCCCUCCCCGCUGCUUCAGGGCUCUGGAGCUGGGGCCCGGACCCCGCAGCAUCCUCUUCCCCUGGUGGGCUGGGCACAGCGGAGGUUGGCAGCAGUGGGUGGGCUCCGUUCCUCAGGGAGAGGGGAGCCCAGCCGUCCACAGCGCCGGGCUGGCAGCUGUGGACUUUCUGCCCCAUGGUGAGCCAGGGCGCCUUCUCUUGUCCCUGGUCCCCACUGCCUAGCCCAACCCAGCCUGGUCUCCAGCACACAGAGUGAGUGAAUGUGCCCUCUCCCUGCCUGUCACCCCAUACGUAAAUCCCCAGAAGAAAGUGGGGAGAAAUAAAAAGGGGAUGGAGCAGUCAGUCUGCCAGCUGUGCUGCCCUUUGGGCAUCGUGCAGCCGGGCAGGGACAGCCCCAGGGCCCUGUGCACACCCACCUGAGCCUCCACCCCACACCCAGGCCGGAGCAGUUGGGGCCUCCAGCAGGGCGGUGCCCCCCACCCCCGCCAGCUUGCUCUGUCUUUGAUGUGCCACCCUCCAGCUUUGAAGCUCUUGCUGUAGCCUGUGGCUUCCCCAGAGGCCUUGGCAUAGUGUGGCAGCGCCACUUGUGCCACACCACGCCCGCCACCAGCCUCGAGCAGAGCCUCUAGGACGCCUCCUGUCACCUGCCAGAGCUUCCCUUGAGUAGAUCAGGGGCGGGGCUUGGGACGCCCACCCUGGUUCCCACACACCCGCACUCUGCACUCACAGAAUGUAAUUUAUUGGGGCCGCCCUCCGCUGCUUCCUCACCCCCUGCCCUGCCUAUCACACCCCAGCUUUCUUUCUUCCCACAUAUGUAUGUGUAUAAAAUUAUAUAUAUAUUUUUGCCCAGGUCUGGGUUUUGUUCCUGCUCAGACCCCGGCAUUCCUUUUCCACCAUGUGUGUGAUCGUGCUGGGACAGGGCACUCUGCUUGGAAUUAAAAGGUUGCAUUGGGUCCCUCAA